AUGCAGCUCACGGCCGGCGACUGGGCCUUGUGGCGACUACGGCGAUGGGAAACGAGGGCCAUGGCGGGAGACGAAGACAGGGCGGCGCGCACUGGGCUGGCGGGGCGCAAGCGCAAGUGGGCCGAGGUGCUGACCCUGCACGGCCCGGACUAUGAUGAAGAAGACGAUGACCCAAACGAAAGAGAAGAGAGGCAAUGGCCGCAUAGGAAGAGGAUGAAGAUAGAGGCGGAGGUGGAGGAGGCGGAGGCCGACCCGACCAUGAGGCUCAACCCGAUCCUCGACCAAUGUCACAUCACCAACAACUGA